UUGCAGCUUCUGAUUCAAGUGAUAGGUCAAAAGACAAAACACUUGAUCAAAAGACUCUUCGUCGCCUUGCACAAAAUCGUGAAGCUGCUAGAAAAAGUAGACUAAGGAAAAAGGCUUAUGUACAACAACUAGAGAAUAGUAGAGUAAAGCUGACUCAAGUUGAGCAGGAGUUUCAACGAGCUCGUCAGCAGGGUAUUUUUAUCUCUAGCUCAGGAGAUCAAUCACAUAGCAUGGGUGGGAAUGGGGCAUUGGCUUUCGAUGUUGAAUAUGCACGAUGGCUCGAAGAACACAAUCGGCAGAUAAAUGAACUGCGGGCAGCAGUUAAUGCCCAUGCGAGUGAAAAUGAUCUGCGUGUUACCGUCGAUAGUAUCCUCACACACUAUGAAGAAAUAUUUAGGAUCAAGGGCGUCGCUGCCAAGACAGACGUCUUUCACAUGUUAUCUGGGAUGUGGAAGACACCAGCUGAAAGGUGUUUCCUAUGGCUUGGGGGUUUCCGAUCGUCUGAACUUCUAAAGUUACUUGCAAAUCAGCUCGAACCUCUAACAGAGCAGCAAUUGAUGGGGAUAUGCAAUCUCCAGCAGUCGUCGCAACAGGCUGAAGACGCUCUCUCUCAAGGGAUGGAGGCCUUACAGCAGUCCCUAGCAGAAACAUUGGCUGGGUCUCUUGGCCCCUCUGUAUCAUCAGGAAAUGUCGCAAAUUACAUGGGUCAGAUGGCUAUGGCUAUGGGAAAACUUGGAACUCUCGAGAAUUUUCUUCGCCAGGCUGAUAAUCUGCGGCAGCAAACCUUACAACAAAUGCAUCGAAUCUUGACGACCAGACAGUCUGCUCGGGCACUUCUUGCCAUAAACGAUUACUUCUCGCGUCUUCGUGCCUUGAGCUCCCUCUGGCUUGCUAGGCCUAGAGAGUGACAAGCUCCAUGUAUUUGCUUCAGGCAGCUCCAGGCUUCCUGGCUCGAUCUACCGACAUUUCGAUGGUUUCAGUAGAUUCCUAGCUCUAGCAGUAUUGAUGGAUGGAUGGAACGAGGGAGCGCUGAGAGACUCAAUGGAGUUAAAUCAGAUCUUGUAUAGCGAUCAUAGUCCCAUUAUCGUGCCGUGUAACUUUUGAGAGGCAAAAACAAAUGUGCUAAUGUCUUCUCAGGUGAAUAAGAUUAAGGAUAUCUGAUGGAAUAGUGAUUUAUUGGUGAUGACUCGUAAACAAUGACUCUGCAA